AUGGAGAAUCACUCACGGAAACCCAGAGGGCCAUCCACGGGACAUACCCAAGAUAUCGGGCAACUCUUGUCCCAGGCCUGCACACCCAAAAUGGUGGACGUCUUUCAAAUGAUGGGGAUGGAGUCACUCUCCGCCUCAAAGGAUGACUACAUGAGCGAUGUGCCAACCCAGACACCCCACAGGAAGCAGCAAACCGCUCCAAAAAGGCAAUCAGAACCACCACUGGCCACUAAGGCAGACUUGUCAGGUAUGGUGACUGACCUCAAGGCCUUCUUUACGGCAGAAUUAGCUGGCCUCAAGAUGGAACUGAACACGCUCACAGGCCGCAUCCAAGCCACGGAAGAGGUAAUUCAGGACUUGAGAGCCCAGCACGACGCCAUGGCAAAGCAAACACAAGAGCUAGUAACCACAUGCUCACAACUCAAUGCUCGAGUGGGGCAGCUUGAAGAUAUGGCGAGACAAAGAAAUAUAAAAGUGAGGGGGAUCCCAGACACUGCAAGGGAUGUCAUCAUGUGCUUUAAAUCCCGCUCAGACAAAGAGGGAUUCCUCCGUGCUGUCAGGGGCCAGACCCCGUACACGUUUGAGAAUCUGACCUUACACUUCUUCCAAGACCCGAGUCGCCAAACAUUGCAGUGGCGGGCCUCCAUUAAAGUAAUCACAACACAACUGAGAGCAGCGGACAUACAAUAUAGAUGGGGCCACCCCCAAAUGCUCAUCGCCACACAUGAAGGUCAAAACCACCAACUAACAACACCGGCAGAAGCACCACAAAUCUUACAAGCACUGGGUAUUCGCCCCACAGAAGGUGCCAAGACGAAAACACCACACCGGUGGGAUAUAGCCAACAUAACACCAUUCACCCCAUCGGGACAGACGGCCCCAGCAGGAAGCAGCAUCAUGCACCUACCCGAUUCUUAA